AUGGCAACAACAGAGCUGGUACAGUGCUUCGAACAGGAUGCAGAAGAAUAUUUGGGCCGUUUGCGGUUCCGCCGUCGACUGCGGUCGUGGCUGUCAGGAUCAACGACACCUUGGACAAGUUGCCUGGAGAAAGAAGAAAAACACAGCACCCUGGAGUUCAGCUAUGACACGGAACAGCUUGAGUUGCUGCUACUUUUGAACGGACUAAAGACUGUAUCCCCGUCCAACGAUGGGAUUUCUCCCAUGACCACACAAACCUUCCCUGGAGAUAUCAAAGAUGAGCAGCAAGCUGCGCUUCCGCGACCACUCAGAAGACGUGGUGUUUUUGAGUUGGCCCAUCGUCUAAAGAAUGCCUUACGCAGAUCGCGCAAAAGUGAUGUCCCACACGAAAAUUGCAAGGAAACGAAUGGUCAAAACGACUUUCUGGCUGUGCUAGGAGAAACGAAAGAUAUCGCUGUCGAGUCAGAAUCCAGAAGUUCCAAGCGCAACGAAAACUCGCCAGAAUCGUGCGUGGCACCGUCCACAAACGUUCUCACCCUGCUGCAAAAGAUCAAAAGUUAA